AUGGCCGCAUUCAAACACGCACUCGAAUCGGCAGCAACCGCACUCACAGGCGCAACCACGACCGCACCCAAGCCCGCCGACUCGCUCGCUCACCCGCGUCACCCUGCAUCCACCGCAAACGGAUCGCACGACGACGAGGUCACGGUGUACGCCGUCGCACUCGAGGACAACGGAGACCCCAAGCAUGGAAAGACGCUCCUCCGACUCCCGCCGCCGUCGAAUCCCUACGUCUUGCGCAUCACGAUCGACGCGGGAACAAAGGCGAGCAGGAACGGAGUCUUGCACACCAACUUUCCCCUCGACGGCGGCAAGUUUGAGCGCGAAAAGUACGCCAAGGUUACCCUCCCGCAGGACUUUAGCAAGCCGUUCGAGAUUGACCUUCCGAUCACCUCGGCAGGCGCGUUCUCGUACUUUGUUGAGUUCGACUCGGCCUCGGGCGAGCGCACUCGUUCCCAGCCAGGCUACUUCGUCGUCGACCCCGUCCUCUCCCUCCCCCCUCGCACGUCCAUCCUCGACCCCUCGACGCACGCCGUCCUCCCCCUCGGCAAAGGCGGCGUCGUCCAGUCCUCGUCCCCGCCCAUCACUCUCCCCCUCGACGGGUUGGUCAUCCAAACCGUCAUCGCGAAAUGGAUGGGCACGCUCUCCGAGUGGAAGCCGCACCUCGACUUGAUGCGCGACAGGGGAUACAACAUGAUUCACUAUACGCCGCUCCAGCAGAGGGGGGAAUCGAAUUCGCCGUAUUCGAUUUACGAGCAGAACGAGUUUAGUGAGGAUCUGUUCGAGGGGAAGAAGAGUAGGAAGGAGAAGGAGAGCGAGAUGAGGAGUAUGCUGGGGAGGAUCAAGGAGGAGUGGGGGAUGUUGGGCAUGAUCGAUGUCGUCCUCAACCACACGGCCAACAACUCCAAGUGGCUCGAGGAACAUCCCGAGGCCGGCUACUCGGUCCACUCGUCCCCUCACCUCGCCGGCGCGCUCGAACUCGACGACGCCCUCCUCUCGCUCUCGUCCAACCUCUCCUCCCUCGGCCUCCCAACCAAGCUCACCUCGACCUCCGACCUCGACGCAAUCAUGUCGCACGUCGAGCACACCCUCCUCCCCUCUCUCAAGCUCUACGAGUUCUACGCCCUCGACGUCGCGAGUCUCAAGGCCUCGUUCCGCGAGGCGUGGGCUUCUCCGGCGGUGAAGAAGAACGCUGUUCCCCCUCCUCAGGGAAAGAGCGACCUCUCUCCCCUCUCAGUCGAAGACCGGGCACUCAAGUUCGCGCAGCUCUGUCUCCCCGCGACAUGGUCGCAACUCGGACACCGCUUCCACGCGCAACUCGACUUGCCCGCCUCGAUCGCCUUUGUCGCCCAACACCUCGGUAUCCAGCCUGGACAAUCGACGGCGGACCAGGCGGCGGACGAGGUUGGGAAGAUGUUGGACGUCUUGAAUGUCGACCGGUACCGCGAGUACGAUGGAGAUGUCAAGGCGAUUUUGGACAACACGAGGAACCGUGUCAAGUACACGAGGUUGGACGAGCAUGGGCCGAAGAAGGGCGAGAUUAGCGCGAGCUCUCCGCUCGUCGAGUCGCUCUUUACGCGUCUCCCAAAGAACUCGACCACCUCAUGUCACGACCCUUCCCUCCUCGCACUAGCCAACAACGGCUGGAUCUGGGACGCCGACCCGCUCUUGGACUUUGCCUCUCCCGGCUCGCGCACCUACAUCCGCCGCGACCUGAUCGUCUGGGGCGACUGCGUCAAGUUGCGCUACGGCUCUUCGCCCGCCUCGAACCCGUGGUUGUGGGACCACAUGAGUCUCUACGUCGAGAGCCUCGCGGGAAUGUUUGAUGGAUUCCGACUUGACAACUCGCACUCGACACCGAUUCAUGUCGGCGAGUACCUGAUGGACAAGGCGAGGAAGGUCAACCCGAACCUCUAUGUUUGCGCCGAGUUGUUCACCGGGAGGCAGGAGUUGGAUUUGUUGUGGGUCUGUCGGUUGGGCAUCAACUCGCUCAUUCGUGAGGCGUACAACGCCAACAGUCCGAAGGAGGAGAGCGGCCUGCUCUACGGCUUUGGUCUCGGCAAGCCUAUCGGCUCGAUGGACACCGACUGCCUCAGCGAGCGCACGACCGUCUCCUUCUCCGGCGUCGAGCGACCCGCCAAGCUCAUCCCUCACCCAGGUUCGACCCCUCACGCUUUCCUCAUGGACAUCACGCACGACAACGAGUCGCCUCUCUCGAAGCGCACGGCGGAAGAUGCACUCCCGACUGGCGCGCUCGUCACUUUCGCUCGGGCGGCGGUGGGUUCGAACAGGGGUUUCGACGACUUGUAUCCCAAGUUGUUGGACGUUGUUGGCGAGACGAGGAAGUAUGAGGUCGUCAAGGCGAAUGAUGGGAUUGGGGAGGUCAAGCGCUUGCUCAACCACCUCCAUACGGAACUCGUCCUGGAUGAAGGCGUCGAGGGUCACUUCUCGCAGGAGGGAGAGUACGUCACGGCGCACCGUGUCAACCCCGUCACGCACAAGGGCUACCUCCUCGUCGCGCGAACGGCAUUCUCGUCAGGCGGCGGAAAGGACAAGGGCGAUGCCCCGACGAUGCGUCUGGACGGUACGCGAGUCAAGUUCAUCGCCGGCGCCACCGUCAACGUCAACUCGACUGCCUCGCGCGAUACCGAGACAACCCUCCGCGGCCUCGACGCGACCAUUUCGCACAUCAAGGCUGCCGACCCCGCCGUCGAGAAGGACUCGUCAACCGGUCAGACCUUCUCCGUCAUCACCGUUCCCGACGAGUUCCCCCGCGGCAGCGUCAUGGUGUUCGCGACUUGGAUGGACGACUUGCCGGCCGACCUCGACGACGUCUGCGCGAGCGGAGCUAAGCAGGCGUUCGGCGAGCUCAACACCGUUGACCUGAACGUCGUGCUCUACCGCGCGGACGGCGAAGAGCGUGAUGCAACUGGCGGAGACGGCGUCUACUCGCUUCCGGACACGGGCCCGCUCGUCUACUGCGGCUUGCAGGGAUGGAUGCCGCAUCUCCGCCAUAUCAUGGAGCACAACGACCUCGGACACCCGCUCUGCGCCAAUCUCCGCAACGGCACCUGGGCGCUCGACUAUGUCGUAGACCGUCUCGAAAAGCAGACCGACGUCUUCCCCGCUCUCGCCAAGCCCGCCGCCUGGUUCCGCGAGCGCUUCGACCUCAUCAAGGCGCAUGUUCCGCCCUUCCUCCGACCCAAGUACUUCGCCUUGGUCAUCAACGUCGCCUUCAAGGCGGCGCGAGACCGCGCGGUCGACCUUUGCUCGCCGCUCAUCCGCAACGGUACCUCGUUCGUCCACCAGCUCGCCUUGACGAGCGUCCAGAUGUACGGCCAGGUCAGGAGCGCCAGCCUCGACGCCAAGAAGCCGACGCCGAGUCUUGCGGCGGGCUUGCCGCACUUCACCGCUGGCUGGGCUCGUACCUGGGGACGCGACGUCUUCAUUUCGCUUCGCGGCUUGUUCCUCGUAACCGGCCAGUUCGACGCUGCGAGGGAGCACAUCCUCGCCUUCUGCAGCGUCCUCAAGCACGGCCUCAUCCCGAACCUGCUCGACUCGGGCCGCACGCCUCGCUACAACUCGCGCGACUCGCCCUGGUUCAUGCUCCAGAACAUUCAGGACUACGUCAACACCGCCCCGAACGGCCUCGAUAUUCUCCAGGCGACCGUCAAGCGUCGCUUCCCGCUCGACGAUACCUGGGUGCCGUUUGAUGACGAGCGAGCGUACGCCACGACGAGCACGGUCGCCGACGUGAUCCAGGAGAUUUUGCAGCGCCACGCGAGCGGGAUCCACUUCCGCGAGUACAACGCGGGCCCGAACCUCGACAUGCAGAUGUCGGACAAGGGCUUCGACAUUGACAUCGAUGUCGACUGGAAGACAGGCGUCAUCUACGGCGGCAACGAGCACAACUGCGGAACCUGGCAGGACAAGAUGGGCGAGAGCACCAAGGCUGGCAACAAGGGUGUCCCCGGAACGCCUCGAGACGGCGCGCCGGUCGAGAUCACCGGUCUGCACAAGUCUGCCGUCCGCUGGCUCGCCGACCUCUCCAGCAAGGGCAAGUUCCCUCACAAGGGCGUCAAGGCGACGGUCGACGGCAAGGAGCGCGAGGUCUCCUACAAGGAGUGGAACGACCUUCUCCAGCAGAACUUCGAGCGCCUCUACUACGUCCCGGCCGACCCGUCGCUCGACCCGGAAUACGACGUCGACCCGUCGCUCAUCGCUCGUCGCGGCAUCUACAAGGACGUCCACGGCACGCCUGCGCCCCGCUCCCGCGCCGACUACCAGCUUCGCGGCAACUUCCCGAUCGCCAUGGCUGUCGCGCCCGAGCUCUUCACGCCCAAGUUCGCUCUCGACGCCCUCGCCGUGCUCGAGGCGAACCUCGUCGGACCGCUCGGCGUCAAGACGCUCGACCCGGCUGACCCGGACUACCGCCCUCACUACGACAACUCGAACGACUCGGACGACUGGCAUGUCGCCAAAGGCCGCAACUACCACCAAGGACCGGAGUGGGUGUGGCCGAUGGGCUACUUCCUUCGCGCUCACCUCAUCUUCGACACGCUCGCGGGCGCCGGUCGCUCAGACCCCACCUCGACCUUCCACCACAUCUACGAAAUCCUUUCGCGACACCGUGCCCACAUCACGCACGACCCGUGGGCCGGUCUUCCCGAGCUCACGAACGAGAACGGCGGGUACUGCCACGACAGCUGCCGGACGCAGGCCUGGUCGGGCAGCACUCUGCUCGACGCGCUCGACGACAUGGCGAAGCUGGCGGCGGGAAAGAAGGCGCGUAACUAG